AUGCAAAACAAGAAAUAUGAUAUUGCCUUUCAAAAAUAGCAAUCAUUACCAAAUAUUAAUCAAAAAUAAUUUCAAUAAGUAUAUCUUCUUCUAUGAAUUUAUAAUAGGAAGAAAUAGAUUUAGAAAAUUUAAUUGCAUAUGCAAAAAAAGCAAAUAAUACUCUCUUUAUAAAAGAGAAUCCCUUAAAUUAGGCUAAAGCUAUUUAUUACAUUGUUAGGAUAAAAUUAAAGGAUAAAGAUGAAUAAAAGUUUUUUGAAACAAAUCCAGAUUUAAUCUUUAUUUUAAGAAGAGGACUUACAAUCUUAAAUUUAAAUAAUAAUUAUACAAUUUUAAGAAAAGGAUUGCCAAAAUUUUAUGAUUUGUAAGUAAUAUUUAUUAAAUUAGAGGUGAUUUUUGGAGAAAUAAAGAAUAAUAAUAAAAUUAGUUUUUAUAUAAAAAUUAAUUACAUAAUGCUUACUAAUCAUUAAAACUAAAUAUUCCUGUAACUAUUGUUUAAUAACAAUAAGAAAAUGGAGAGAAUUUUUAAAUAUCAUUUUCUUCUAUUUUAUAAACUUGGGUUAUUUCAUCAAAAAAUGUUUCUAUAUUUUGUAAGAACUAUGAUGAUUACUUAUUAAAUUGUCCUAAUAAGGAUAUUCAUAGUCCAGAAAGAUUACCUUGGUAAAUUGCUGAAAUUUGGUUUUCUGAUAUGAUUGAAAAAAAUAUAGAAUAAUUAUAAAAAGAUUUAACAGAUCAUACAUUGAUAGGAGAAUUUGUUAAUAAUCCAUAUUUUGUUCAUAUUAUAGAAUAUUAAUAAUCUGCUCUAAAAUUUUUUGCAUUAGUUAAUAAUCAUGUAAUUAUAAUUUAUUAUUAAAGGAAAGGAAUUUAUGUUGUCAUACUAGAUAAGCAGAACAUUUAGCUAAUAAACAUAAUCUCUAAUUUGUGAAAACCAAAUAUAUGUAAGCGAAUAAAAAAAUAAUAUUGGAUAAUCAUUUAUAAAGAAUUUAAGACAGUAUCCAAUAAAGUCCUUUGUCUAUUUCUGGAGAAGGAGUAGUUUUAUAUUUGUUUAAUGAAUUCGAAUGUUUGUCAAUUAGCAAAAUAAAAACUAUAGAAUGUAUUUGAUAAUAAUAAGUGAGAUGAAUAACAUAAAUUAUUUAGAACAAAAUUGACUACAUUAAUUUAAUAAUAUUAAGAAACCUAAUAGAGUUAUGCAGAUGCUUAUUAAUAAGAAGCAAAUGAUUUGAAUUAAUAUGAUGAUAGAGAUAUAAGUAGAACAAUAGAAUUAAAUACUCAUAUAUUAUCAAGUUUGUAAUAGUAUAAGAAUAUUAUGUAUAUUUUAGUUAUCUAAUAAAUGUUAAAUAGAAAGAUCUUUUUUUUAAAGAAUAGAUAUAUAAAUUAUGUUCUAAAUAUUAUAUGUAAUUUUAUAAUCAAAUAAUUGAAUUAACAAAAACUCAUAAUGUAAAAAAUUAUGAAAUGGAUAAUAUUUUUAAAUACUAUGACUAAUUAUUAUAUCCUUAAGUUUAAAAAAAAUAAGAAAUAAAAUAAAUGAAUUUUGAAUGA